CUGCCCAAUCCUCGCUCUAGACUACAUACAUUACGUCCGGAAAUACGAUGUGACACAGCACAGCAGUACGUCCCAGAUUGCUCCCAAGCUGCAACAUUCCUCGAAACACAAGAAAUCUGUGCCUCCCUUCUCUCACUUUGAUGGCGGCAAGUUCGUUUGGUGGUGUGCGACGGUAGCGGAAGGAGGAGUGAGUGAGUGGUGACUCUCGUCAGCCUGAGAUGUGGAAGGGUCGAUAACAUGCACGGCGCCGGAAACUCCCGAAGUCGCACAAAGGUCGCACACAGACAGCACUCAUCCAUUUCUACAAUGAGGGCGGUAUUGACCCUCCUUUGCAUGGCGGUGGCGGUGGUUGGGAAGAAGCAGGAGGAGGCAUUGAACAAGGACACAACACCAUUCUGGCUUCGCGACCAGCUCGACGGAAUGUGCUUGGGGCCAGACGGCUUCGGUGCGUGCGACGCCAGCAACUUGUGGAUAUUGGCCUUGAAGCACCCCAAGAAGCUGACCCAGGCGUUCGUGAGCAUGCUUGCGCCGGAGCCGGAACGCAUGUGCCUUGGCAGCAGCUCCGGCGGGAUGUUUUCUUCGCGACGACGGGUUGGGGUUUCCAAGUGCGGGAGCGGAAACGCCAAGAAUAUGGGGCUGUCGGACCUCAGCGUGCAGGGCGAUUCGGGCUUCUUGCUGGCGCAGGGAAAGAACUGCCUGGCGAGGGGGCAAGGGAGGCUGCGCAAUUCCGCCGACAUGCAGCUGUCAUCCGGCACUGCUCUAGAGGUCGUGGAAACGCCUAUCCACGUCGCGGGCAUGCAGAUCGCCACCGUGGAUGACUACUGUUUCGACGGAGCGCGGUUUCGGACUUGUAACGAUGGCGACCCUACCCUCAGGUGGGGUAUCGGCAUGGAUUUCCGGUCCACGGAGCCAUCGCGAAACCUCUUCUACUUUUUCGAUCGAGAGAAGUGCGCGGUGCGGGAAGGCCAGACGGCAAGAAAAGGAGAUUGCAAGAACAAGGGGGCCGCUAGAUGGGGAUGGAGGGACGGCAAGUUGACGCAGGGUGGGAAGCACUGCCUUGGCAGGGGGAGCGAUAACAAGGCGAUCAUGGUGCCUUGCUCCGAGGGCCACGAACACGUCAACUUCGUCACCCCCGAAAUCGUUCCCGUUGGGAUGCAACAAUCCAUGUUUGGCGAGCAAGAAAAGGCCUCCACCAGGAGAGGGGCGACGCCGCGACGCUUCGAGUGAAUACAUAAGGGUACGUAGCAUAGUGUGGCCCAGCGGCGUGGCGGCGCGUAGGACCGGAAAGGCCGCGUCGUCGACCCCCUAGAGCACUGCGAGAGAGAGAAAGAAGAAACAAGACCAGGCGGGGAGGUUGGUUUUUUAGAGUGAACGCUACAACGGUUGAGGUGCCAGCAACUUGCUUACGUUGGUAGAUAGUUCUCCGAGUUUGCGUUUACGUAGUGGGCCGGUCACUAGAUCUCUUUUAUGUUUUUUUGCGUUGUUCCCCCGGGAGGAGUGCUGCUGUACAAGUUUCCGCGUCUUCAUUUCAUGAAAAUGGAGAGGGGGGUCAAAGCGAUAUGUUGUUUUUGUAUAAUGUGUGUUUCUACCCUAUGGUGAAACUUCAGACUGCUUGUAGCGUUGUUUUGUAGCGUUGUUGUUGCUUCUCGUAGCGCCACGUAUGUGGAUGUAGUAGGGCGUGUGUGUUACGAUGCCGGAUAAUGGGCCUUGGCGAGCGUUGUCCCGUUUUACGGCGAUUUUUUGUUGGAAGCGUUUGUCCGUGUAGUAGACUGUGAGACAGGUAGAUUUUUGGAGGGGUUCAUGAUCGCGGUUGUUUUCCUACGGCUGUACUGUGGAGUUGUGUUUCAAGAACAAAGAGUAGCUUAACAGAUUGACGUGUUUUUCGCGAGCAGGAUGAAGGAGGAUCGAAAAAAUUGUGGUGAAAGGGGCCGUUACGUUUUUGGAAGAGAACAUCGUAUGAGCUCUAGGAAGGAAGUGGAGGGCGAAAGAGGAGGAAGACAUGUAAAAUUUUCGUCUCCCGCUUGCUGCGAUUCGUAUGCAUACGUCUAUGCAGGUUAACCAG